GAAGGUUGACUCAGCGGAGGUUCGUCAGGAAACAUGGCGGCCAAGGCGCUUCGCCAGCGUAGCAGGCGAGGCAGCAAACAAGAUGCCAAUAACCUCAACGUAUCUACAGAGGCCCGAACGCCGAAAGAGGAUAAAGGAGGUGAUGAGAGUAAAGUCACAGAGACCCGGCAAGAGUCAAUAAGUCGCGGUGGACAGGUAUGGGCCCCAGAAGGUUCCACUGCAUUUAAAUGUCUGCUUUCGGCACGCUUCUGUGCAGCGUUGCUAAGCAACAUUUCUGACUGCGAUGAGACCUUCAACUACUGGGAACCUAUGCACUACCUGCUUUAUGGCACAGGGAUGCAAACGUGGGAAUACUCACCGUUGUACGCCAUCAGAUCUUACGCUUACUUGUGGCUUCACGCGCUCCCAGCCUGUUUGCACGCCCAUGUACUGCAGACGAGCAAGGUGUUGGUAUUCUACUUCGUACGGUGUGUCCUGGCCUUCUGCUGCUGUGUCUGCGAGCUUUAUUUUUACAAGGCUGUAUGUAAGAAAUUUGGUUUGCACGUCGGCCGCCUGAUGCUGGCGUUUCUCGUCCUGAGCACUGGAAUGUUCACCUCAUCCGCAGCAUUCCUGCCAUCCUCCUUCUGCAUGUACACAACACUUGUCGCCAUGACAGGGUGGUUCCAGGACUCCACGCCGUUAGCCAUUAUGGGCGUAGCUGCCGGUGCUAUCGUUGGUUGGCCCUUCUCCGCUUUGAUUGGGAUCCCAAUCGCGUUUGACUUACUUGUACUAAAGAGGCAAUGGAAGAGUUUUAUCACCUGGUCGGCUAUUGCUCUGCUGCUUUUGCUGGGCCCUUUAAUUGCAGUGGACUCUUUCUUUUAUGGAAAACUGGUGGUGACCCCGCUCAACAUUCUACUUUAUAAUGUCUUCACAUCACAUGGACCUGAUCUGUAUGGUACAGAACCGUGGCACUUUUACUUUCUGAACGGGACCCUGAACUUUAAUCUAGUGUUUGUUCUGGCGCUCUUUUCCCUCCCUCUGACUGCUCUCAUGGAGACCCUUCUGCACAAGUUCAAUGUGCAGAACCUUGGCCGUCCCUAUUGGCUGACUCUGUCCCCCAUGUACCUGUGGAUGUUGGUUUUCUUCACCCGGCCUCACAAAGAAGAGCGCUUUCUCUUUCCCAUCUACCCCCUCAUCUGCCUCAACGGCGCUGCGGCCCUCUCGUCCCUGCAGAAAUGCUACCACUUCUUGUUCCAGCGCUACCGACUGGAGCAUUACACAGUCUCCUCCAAUUGGCUGGCGCUUAGUGCGGUUGUUGUGUUUGCGGUGGUGUCUCUCUCUCGCUCCGUGGCCCUUUUUAGAGGUUACCACGCCCCUCUCGACUUGUACCCGGAGUUUCUCCGCAUCGCCAAGGACACCACGCUACACUCGGUCCCCGAAGGCAGACCGGUUAGCGUGUGUGUUGGCAAGGAGUGGUAUCGCUUCCCCAGCAGCUUCCUUCUCCCUCCCAACUGGCAAAUACACUUCAUCCAAAGCGAGUUUAAAGGUCAACUCCCCAAGCCAUACGCCAUGGGUCCUCAGGCCACGCAGAUUAUACCGGCAGAUAUGAAUGACCAAAAUCUGGAAGAGCCGAGCAGAUAUGUGGACAUCCGACACUGCCACUACCUGGUAGACCUCGACACAGAAGAAGAAACGCCGCGGGAACCACGCUACGCAGCCAAUAAAGAAGAGUGGAACGUCAUUGCCUAUAAGCCUUUUCUCCAAGCUUCCCGGUCCUCGCCAUUCUUCAGAGCGUUUUAUAUCCCGCUCCUAUCCGACCAUCACACCAGCUUCAGGCGCUACGUCAUCCUCAAACCCAGGCGGCAAAAGCAGCCUCGCACGCGAGGCCAUGGCUGACCUUCGCCCAAAUAAAACGACAUCAUUCCCCCUUGUUUUGACACGGCUGCUGUGUGUAUGCGUGCGUACAUGUUUUGAAGUAUUUGUCUCAAGAGAUGAAGAUACGGACCCUUUAAGAACUUUGUGUAUGCAUGUGAAAACAAUUCCAAUGGAUGGUUAACUCAUUCACUCCCAGCCAUUUUCACUGGAGCAAGGCCCUUCGCUUCCGGCCGUUUUACUGGAUUUUGACUGAUUUUGCAAGGCCUACAGAAAAUUCAGUUCUGUUGCUAUAUAAACAUGGAACCCACCAAAAGAAACAUUAGACUCUGUUACUUCAGCAGAAAAAAAAGUAAGUUCAUAUAUUUUUCCAUUCUUUAGAAAUCAGCAUUAGAAAGUAGCUUAGUUUGAGCAAUUUUCCAAUUUCUGAUGAAAAAACGGAGAAAUUGAGCUUUUUGUGAAAGCAUACAUUUCAAACAUAACUUUGACUUUAACACAGCUAUUUUUUGCUUUAGUUACAUCCCAAACAUCUGAAUUAUCUUUUUCUCUUACAAAAUAACAUAAACAACAAGACAAAUAGAGCUUUUGAUAGCAAAGUAACAAUUUAUUUACACAUGGCGGAAAACACUCAGUUGACUUGAAGUUCCGCUCUGAGACCCCCAAUUUGGUCAAAUUUCAAAAUUGUCCGACAUGCAUGUGUGAUACAUCACUGGAAAGCUUGAAAUUUCAAUUUUCUAGGGGAAGAAAAAUUUUGAACUGGAGGGCAUUUUUGAAAAAAAAAAAAGUUUUAUAAACAGCAAAACCCUAUCUGGAGUAGAGCCUAGUUCGGGCCUAAAAAAUCCAGCCCGACCCGACACGGCCCGCUGGUAUUGAGGCCCGACCCGGCCCGAGCUCGAUCACUUAACUAGAUUUGCAGGCCCAAGCCCGAAAAACCCGAUUUUUUUUUUUUUUUUUUUUUUUUUUUUUUUUGAGUGACGCGGAAAAAACGCAGCAGCAGCAAUUUAUUUUCAUUUCUUCGAGUUGGCAGAAAAAAAACGCAAGUUUUCUUAAUGUUUAAAUAAUCUACAUAUUUUUUUGAGAAUUAUCAAAGCAUUCACACAACGAAAUAACGCUGGGAAAGUUUGUUAAACAUAUUUCUGAGUGUGUGGGAUAUUGUUCUCACAUGGACGCGCCUCUCUGUCAAGGAGAGGGAACAGGAGAGGGCGGCGCCUCGGCCGUGCAGCAAACGGUACAGCGGGAGGACAAGAAUAAAAAGCAGCCGGCGCCACGGCGUUCGUGCACACGCACAAGCAGAUGCGCAAUACAGAGAGCCUGCUCUCCAUUUUUUUUUUUUUUUUUUUUUUUUUUAAAUAAUUUAUUAGUCCGGCAUGGCGGCCCGACCCGAACUGACCCGAACGUGAAUGCUUAAAAUGUGGGGUCGGGUCGGGUCAGGUUCGGGCACAAAAUCUAACCUCUAAUCUGGAGGUGAGAUCACGCGAGAGCAGAAUUACAGACGCCAUGACUUUAACGAGAUUUUAUCGCGUACUUACCUUGUUUCGAUCCAAAAACUCCAUGUAGUAUGUAUCACCGAGGGUCAAGACACAGCUGUGAAUGGCCACAGCUGGAUUUUUUGAGGAUUUUAUGGGUGAAACAUGGUCAUAUAACAAGGGUCACGAUGCAGAAAUCGCAGACAUCGAGGAGUGGUCUAUAUGUUCUGUUUCAUAUAUUUACCCUUUUAAACUUUUUUUUUUCAAUUUUUCUUGUUUGGAUUGAUGAUUUAUCAUCUAAAGUAUCGGAGAAAAUGCGACAGUAACAAAAAAAUACAAUUAAGCAAUGGUUAUGACUGAGGUAGAUAUCCGUGACUUUUACAGACGCCAUUUUUUUCAUUGUGACAUAAUUUGUUUAUUCACUCACAUAUUUUAAUAUAUAAUAUAUAAUAUAUUUUACUUUUAAUCUUUUAAAUUCGUUUAAAAAAAAACAAAAACGAAAUAUGAGACAUCAAUUAGUGAUUCUAAGCUAAAAAUGACAGACAUUUUAAAUAAUAAACAUAAUUAAUUACCUUGGUUUUAUGCCUGGCUUGAAACAAAAGCAGUUGCGCGAUGUCUGUAAACGGGGGUUUUCAGGAUAGAACGGACAAAUUAAAAAUAGUCCGGGGGCUUAACCCGCCAUGAAUCUGCUAUGGCAGCAUGUAGACGUAUUGUUCAAUCAAACACAACAGGUGUUUUGGCUGAAAAUACAGCAGUUUCUUUUAAAGAGGAGUAGAGCUGAAACGAAUACUCGAGUUUAAAAACUGAUCCGAGUAAUUUUAUUCACCUCGAGUAUUCGUUUAUUUUGACAGCUCUAAGCAUCACGUUUUGCUCGGACUACUUUUACUGCGGUACAACGCGCUGAUGUUACGUGCGUAGAGGACGAAGCAAAAAAAAACCCCAAAACAACUUACUGCAGCAGACAGCCGCUACAUACGACGCCGACGUUGCUAAAUACUUGCCUUCACUGAUGCUAGUUGGUAGCAGGUAGCGUCUGAUGCGUCUCAGAGAUCACAUGUAUGUUGAACUAGAUGUACAAUGACGACUCGGCCGCGUCUGGGCAGUGUUAGUAAACCGCCGCCAUCCUAAAGCAGUAGAGCGCUAAGCGCUAAUAAAGAGCGCUGAGCGCUAAUAAAUAAGAUUAACGCUACUGUCACGUUAGCCCUGCGGAGGGCUAGGUUUCUAUUAAUUAUGACCACUGUCGAUGCGUGGCUAACGUGUCUUACAUACAGGCUUUAACAUAACAUAGCAUUGUUGAGUGAUGAGGGUGUAAAAUAAAAACUUAAUCGUGCUAACUAUCAAUUUUAGCUCAGUAGUCAUUGCUGGAUAAAACACCAAGUAGCACUGGUCCCUAAUGUGCUCCAAUACAGCCUGUAUCAUACAUUUAUUUUGAACACUGCAAAAACUCAAAAUCCUAUCAGAACUUACAGUUUAGACUAACUUAAAACUUAACUAGAACUUAAAAAUGGCUUGACACAAAGAGAAAUUCAAUUGAAAUACGUGGGGAAAAAAAUCCUAACUUUUAAGUGAUGUGUGUUAUCAAGCGUAACGGCAUUUUUAGGUAAGAUAUAUAUAUAUAUUUUAAUAAGAUCUAAACGUUUUUUGAGUGAAAGCAGUGAAUUAGUCUUUUUUUAAAAAUUCUAGUUACAUCUGAGAUGCAAUUGUUGGCUGUUUUCAACAAUAUACAUCGAAAAUAAAGACAUUGAUUGACUGAAAAUGGUUCAAGAUUAAAUGAAAUGUCUUGUUUUCUGAUGUAUAUGUAUAAUUGCUCUUCACCUCAAAAUAUAUUUGUUUUAUCCGAUUACUCGAUUAAUCGAUAGAAUUUUCAGUCGAUUACUCGAUUACUAAAAUAUUCGAUAGCUGCAGCCCUAGUUGCAGGUCUUACCAAAUGCGCUACUGUCCUCCAGUGGCCAGUUUUAUUGCUUUAAAAUAGAUUUUCAGCUUUGUGCUUUAGAGCUAAAUUGAAUCACAACCAGAGAUGUCUUUUUUGAAAAAAAACAAAAAAAAAAAACAUAAAAGACGUAUAAAUACGUCUUUGGGACACUGAAACAAUUAUAAAUAGAAUGCAUUUAUACGUUUUUGGGAGCAAAUGAGUUAACUGUAAGAAACGUGUGUUGUCUGGCAAUUGAAGCAGUUCAUAUCCAUGUUUUACUUCAUUCCGGACAUCAAAUUGGUGCCUGAAUGCAAGAAAAGUCCUCGUUGAAUCAUGUAGUUUCUAAUUGUAUUGGGUGAGCUGUGAGAAUGAAUGGAAAAUGUUAAUUUAAGAAUAAUGUGACUGUGAAUACAAUCAUUGUUUUUUUGAAUAAAAUAACAGCACGGCCAUUUGAUUUGUUUAUUUCCUUAACAAACAUACAAAGCACGGUGGAAAUCAAGACAUUACACUGCUUUACAAAUAUCACUAGAGUUCAACAUUCCUCUUUAACAUGCUGUGUAAUUUUGCUACCUGACCACUCACAAGCGUUAGGAAUCAAAAUAGUUUUUGUGGGAACACAAACAAUGCACAGUUUACCCCAUGUGUUAAAAAAAGAAUUCAGUGAACAUCUACGGGCACAGCACAUAUCAGUGAGGUGUCAACAUUUCAUGCAAAAGGCCAUGCCUCUUUCUA